CAACAGUCAUGAUCUAAUGGUUUUAUGAUCACGUCAACUUCUCCUUUUCUCUUUUAACUAUGAAAAACUGAGAUAUUGUAUCUUUACCUCUGAACAACACGAAACCUCGUCCCUACCGUCAUUAUGGACGAGGUCAGCCCUUUCGCCGAAUUCUUGGGCCAGGCGAUCUACCACCUCACAGCUGUCAAACCUCUAGUUCCGACUUACGCGCAUCUCCUUGUUUCCGCUUUGUUUCCGAUUUACAUCGGCGCCCAUGCUUCGCUCUCGAGACCAACCUCUGCCGCAAAACGUCCUAAGAAUACCGAAAAUGACGAGUCCGAGGACGAAGACGACGAAGACCAGGAGGGAGAGAGCAAGGGGAAGAUGGAAUCACUGGAGCCUAGUGAUGCAAUCAUGUUUCCCCUGACUGCUGGUCUCACUCUCGGUGGACUAUACUUGGUGAUCAAAUACAUGGGUGCCGAGCUUCUGAACAAGAUUCUGGGCUUCUAUUUCUCUCAGAUGGGCAUGUUCUUCGCUGUGGCUUUCUUGCGGGACUGUCUUUCGGUCUUUCGGUCUUUCGCGUUCCCACAAACGUAUACCUAUGGCGGGAAACUCUGGAAGGUGCAACAGUCGGACCGCGUUUUCAAAAUUGCUGGCGGAAAUGCUGCUUCAGACUCGUCAGAGGCCCGACGCUCUCCUCUUCCGGGCAUUCUUGGUUCAAUUCCGUUGCCAGAGUCCACCAUCAACUUCCUGUGGACAUACCGCAGUGUGCUCUAUCAAAAGGCGAAAUUCAAGAUCAACAUUCACCGUAUCUGCAAGGGCCAAGUCUCAGUUGACAUUCUGGACUUGUUCAGUACCUUGCUGGCCCUGCCUGCCGUCGGGUAUUUCGCGUUUGUUGAGAAGCCGUGGUGGUUGACCAACUUCCUGGGAUUCAGUUUCUGCUAUGGUGUCCUGCAGUUCAUGUCGCCGUCUACUUUCUUAACUGGAUCCCUCAUCCUUGGAUCGCUCUUCUUUUACGAUAUUUACUUCGUCUACUUUACGCCUUUGAUGGUGACGGUUGCGAAAUCCUUGGAUGUGCCGAUUAAGCUCCUGUUCCCUCGCCCAGCAGGCCCCAACCAGCCACCAGACACCGUUUCUUUGGCCAUGUUAGGCUUGGGCGACAUCGUCAUUCCCGGUAUGAUGGUCGGUCACGCGCUUCGAUUUGAUCUUUAUCUUUACUAUCUGCGGAAAGGAUACCAGAAGGCGAAGGCUGAAGGCAACGAAGAAGAGCCAGUCAAACCUGUAUAUCAGUCUGCUAGAGGAGGCUGGGGCGAGCGUUUCUGGACGAAACCCAUCAAAUCGCAGGAGGCUGAACUGGAACCCCCUUAUCAGGACGCUCGACUCUUUCCCAAGACUUACUUCAAGGCUAGCAUCGUUGGGUACCUGGCUGGAAUGAUCGCAACUCUUGUGGUCAUGCAAUGUUUCAACCACCCUCAACCUGCCUUGUUGUAUCUGGUCCCUGGAGUCCUCAUUUCCCUGUGGGGCACUGCCUUCGUCAAAGGCGAUAUUCACCACAUGUGGAACUUCAGUGACAGCGAGGAGGAUGAGGAAGACGAAGAGGCCGACUCUGAUGAUAAAGAAAAGGAGAAACAGGAGGAAGAGGACAAGAACGUCGGCUUCUUCAGUAAACUCUUCAACAGAUAUCAGAGAGCAGCCGACAAGGCACAGAAGUCCGAAGAAGCUUCCAAAAAGUCCAACGACAUGAAGAAGAGCGACAAAGCUGGGGAAAAGAAGUCCGAUAAACACGGAAAAGCCAAAGAUAAAGACUUGGACUUGUUUUCUUUUUCAUUCUACAUCCCGCGCAAGAGCAAGUCGGCAAAGUCGGCCGCCAAACCUGCCGAGACUGACAAGGCUACGGACGAUUCGAAGAGCUCAUCGCCCCGUACUGACUCUCCUGUGGAAGACGAGAACUGGGCUGUCAUUAGCAGCUUGGGGCCCGAUAACGAACCUCCUACAAAAAGGCAGCGCAGAAGCCCUAGACACGCAGCAAAGACCGCCGCUAACUAGGCAUAUCAACUCACGAUCCCUGAGAACUUUUGCAUUUUCUUUUACUCUCGAUGAAAGCAGGCAUGACUAGAGGCGUUUGGACGGAGUCGAUGCCCUUUGUUUUAAUACUUGUCUUUUGGCGGCCAAUUUGACACCGACUGCUGCAUUGCGUGGAAUAUCAAUAAACUCCUGUUCCAAAGAACUUUUCAAAAUCUAGUUGGUAUCAUCGACAGUAA